CCUAAGCGUCUUUGACCUUGCCUCCCCUGCCUCCCCUUCCCCUACCUCCGCUGCAGUGUGCCCCGCUCACCCCGCCUUUAAGGCAACAUGCACUGGAGCACAAAAAUCUCCGCCCUCAAGACAUCACGCGUCCCACCAUCAAAGUUUCCUCCCAUUCUCCCCCGUAUCACGGUCCCACAAGCAUAGCAUACCUAGCAUCAUGUCCGACCAAGACGCCCUAACGCCACGUGUAUUCCUUGUGCGUCAUAGAGAGACAAGUUGGGCCAAGUCGGGCCGCCAUACAGGCACUAUAGAGAUUGAACUCACUGCGGAAGGUGCCGCGCAGGUCUCCUCAACUACGGCAAGUUUAGUGGGUGCCGGUAAACUCCUCGACCCGUCCCGCCUCGUGUAUGUCUUCAUCAGCCCGAGAACAAGGACGAGAAGAACGUUUGAGCUGCUCCUGUCGCCUUCCCUCGGCACCGGUGAAUGGAACAAGAGCGUUACCUACACCGAGGAUAUUGCAGAGUGGAAUUAUGGUGAUUAUAAGGGGCUUAUGGCCGGGGAGAUCAGAAAAUUGAGAAAGAAGAAGGGGCUGGACCGGGAGAGGGAAUAGGAUAUCUAGAGGGAUGGAUAUAAGGGUGGAGAGUAUAUUGUGCUGAACUUUCACCUGUUCCUAAUACCGUUGUGUCUCCUCUCUCUUUUUUCUUUUUUUGUUGUUGUUGUUAUUGUUGUUG